AUGCUUUCGGCAACACAACGCGUGUGGCUUGGCGUGGUGUUUGCAGAUGCCAUCACCUUUGUCAUCCUCGCAGCCGUGCUGGGCGCAAGCUCAAAGUUUGUGUUCAACUUGGCCAAGUACAGCGUCUCUGCAAACGUGACAGAUAUUCUGCUGCUGUCGUUGUUGCGGUCGCUCAUUCAAGUCGGGCUGGAUGUGCUUCGCUUCAUCUUCAGUGUCGACUCCAAGGCACUCACCUGGUGCACCGUCAUCAUGGAGGGCGUCUGCCUCGCCUUUGCUUGCUACAAGAUGGUUGUGGUGCAUCCGCACAUGGCGCCCGGCCCCGUUGGCGCCAAUGAUGCGGUGCUGGUCCUCUCGGUGAUCUUCCCUGCCCUCCAUUUGAUCAACCUCAUCCUCACCCCGUGGUUCGAGGACACAUCCGAACAAAAGGCUGCGGAGCGCCGGCCGCUGCUGAGCCCGGCCGGACGGGCGGUGCCCUCAACUGCAGAGAGCAGAUUUACGCGCACGAGCGAACUUCAUCCGGAGACUACAGCGCAGUCGCACGCUGCUGCUCCCGAUGAUGAUGAUGACUACGAUGAGGACUAUGAUGACGGUGGUGUUGCGGAUCGCAAUGCGGUGACUCACGCGCUGACCAGCGAAGCGGCAGCAUUGGUGCCAGGCGGAAGCCACGGCCAUGGCCAAGACACAUUUACGGACACGCGCGCAGCCCGUGGCGACUGGGGCGAUGUUGCUGUGGCGGCAGAAGCCAUGGGGGAGGAGGAGGAAGAGAAGGAAGGUGUUGCUGAUGCACUUCAGGUAACGGUCCAGCUCCAAGCGCAGGAAGAAGAAGAAGAAGAGCAAGAAGAGCAGGAGCAAGAGGAUGAAGAAGAGCAAGAGCAAGAGCAAGAGGGAGAGGAGGAGGAGGAGCAGGAGGGGGAGGAGCAGGAGGAGCAGGAGGAGCAGGAGGAGGAGGAGGAGGAGGAGGAGGCACAACAACAACAACAACAACAACAACAACAACAACAACAACAACAACAACAACAACAACAACAACAACAACAACAACAACAACAACAACAACAACAGCAGCAGCAGCAGCAAACGAGCAGUGCCAUUGCGGCUGGCUUGUCGAGCGAUGAAUUUUCGCAACGCGUUCAGCACCACAACGCCAGCGGUGACGACGAUGCUGGUGGUGAUGUGUUGGAUGAGGAGUUUCAUGAUGCGCUUGAUGCGAUGCACGAUGCCAGUGAGCCCGCUGCUGAUGCCGGUAACGACGGGGAUGGUGGUGGUGACGGCGAUGAUGAUGGGGAUGGUGAUGGUGCUGCUGAUGAUGACGCUGAUGAUGACGCUGAUGAUGAUGAUGGGGAUGGGGAUGACAUAACAGCACAACAACCGACAGCACAAGCCUCGACGACGCAGGAAGCGGCAGCACAAGAAGCAACGACGCAACCCGGACAAAGUGCUAACGGCGAUGAGCAGAGCGGUGCUGCGCCUGACACAGACAGCAGCGGCCGUCCAGUUGUUGACGACCACGAUGACAUUGACGUUGACACGUUCGAUGCAGCAGCCGAUGCGCCACCACACGACAAGAACGCGCCCGCUCCGAGCCGCCCCAUCGUUAUCCGCGCUGCCUCGAUGCCUUCCAUCAACCCAACAGCGGUUCAACACGAGCUCAUUCUUGCGAACAAGCCCGACAUUCCGCCGCAGCGCGAUGACGAAACGGAAGAAGAAAAGAAUUACCGAAAGCGGAUGUUGAUUGUUGGGGAAAUUGUCAGCACGGAGGAAAGCUUUGUGACCACGCUGCACAUGCUGAACGACGUCUUCAUCAAGCCGCUGCAGGACCGCGCAGACGCACACGCGGACGGGGACGGCCCGCACGUCACGCACAAGCAGAUCAACGCCAUGUUCCCCGAGGUGCAGCCGCUGAUCAAGGUGAACACCAUACUGCUGCGGCGCCUGCAGGACCGCUACCAGCACUGGCACCCGGCCCAGAAGAUUGGAGACGUGUUUUGCCAGGUGCUGCCGUACCUGAACCACUUCAACAUGUAUGCGAGCAGCUUUGAUGCCGCUCUCUCCACCGUCGCCGCCUGCAAGGAACAGCCCUCCUUCCGCGACUUUCUCCUGCAGUGCCGGCAGGACCCGCGGUGCGAGAAGUUGUGGCUUGAGGACCACCUGAUCACGCCCGUGCAGCGCGUUCCACGCUAUCGCCUCCUCCUCGCGGACCUCCUCAGCAAGACCCCGGCCUCUCACCCCGACCACGACCACAUUGCACUGGCGUUGCGGCAAGUGGAAGAGCUUGCCUCAAACAUUAACAUGAAGAAGAAGCAGUUUGAGUCGAGCGUGGCCAUUGUCGAGAUCCAGCAGAAGGUGAAGCACUGCCCGGAGAUUGUGCAGCCAUCCCGUCGCCUCGUCACGCAGCUUGAAGGCACCGAGUUCAUUCGCGCAGACCUGCAGGGUAACGAUGUUCAUCGAUCUGUUGUGAUUUAUCUGUUCAACAACAUGCUUCUGUUGGCAACGCACGAGCGCGUGGAGAGUCUCUUCGGAAGGUUACACACAACGAUGAAGAAUUACUGGCAGAACAACGACUACAUGCAGCCGAUGACUGAGGAGAACGGCAAGCGCGUCGUGCACAAGUUCAAGUACAUUGACUCUUCAGAUCUGCUGGGCGCAGUGGUGGGCGACUAUGAGGACGAUCCGCCGCUGUGCAACGCCGAUGGUGAGAGUUGUGGGCUGACCGUCUUCCUGCCAGGAAAGGAGUUCUUUGUUCUCGCAGCGACACCGCGCGAUCGCGACACGUUCAAAGCAGCGUUCUUGGAGGCGAAGCAGACACACGCGAGCGACACGUCGCACCUGCCAGCAGAGCGGUUCACGGGCGGAGAUGCCGGGUGGCAGCCGCACACGCCGCAGCCACACACGCAGCAGACGCGCAGUCGCACACGGCGGGCACGGCGCAAGAGCAAAGGGACGCGACGCGGCAAGCAGGCCGGUGCAGGCGAUAUGCAGCAGACGCAGAGGGGGAAGAGCAAGAAGAAGGCAACUGCUGCCACUGCUGCUGUUGCCACUGCAGCAGCGACGGGUGCGGAUAUGGGCGGCGAUGCGGCUGCACCGAAGCUGUGCUUGGAUGGGGUGUACGAGCUUGCAUCGGAGACCGUUGUUGACGACGAAACGGGCCAGGGAUCUGUGCGGCCGCUCGCCCUCAACCACAACAACACAGACGACACAGAUGCAUGA